AUGGUUGAAGUUCUGAUAUCUUAUUCUGGCAAUGAAGACCUUCAAGACCAACUAGAAGGGAUGAUAAGAGCAAAAGCAGAUGCUAAAAGCCCAGCCAUUUACUUAACUGUUAUAGAAGUCACCCUUAUCCAGGAUUCAGGACCCUCAAAAUGUGGUAUUAAUGAAUACUUGAAGGAAUUUGCCCAAAUAAAAGAAUUAGAUAACCAACAACAGGAAUAA